UUAAGUGUGGAGUUGCUCGUUGACACUGCACAUCAGGAUAGAACAGCCCCAUUUGCACUGACUUGCUGAUUUAUGAGAACUUGCCAAAUGGCCCCGUAACACUUGAAGGAACUGAACUGAGAGUGCAACAACUGCAACAGUAAGACACCAGUGAACACUUGGCAGUAAGACACUUGUCAACAACUGGUGGUAACACAGCAGACAACAUUUCACAAUAAGACACCAGGACAAACCUGUAAGCAAGACACCUGUCAUCAACUGGCAGUGAGACAUUUGUCAACAAAAGAGAGUAAGACACCUGAGUCAACCACCUAUAGUAAGGGACACCUGUCAACAAGAGGCAGUAAAACACCUGUCAACAAGAGGUAGUAAGACACCUGAGUCAACCACUGACAGUAAGUAACCUGUCACAUCCCACCUAACAACAGACAGUAAGACUCUGAACAGCUGGCAGAAGUCACCUGUCAGUUGAACCAACUGUACAGCUGCGAGUCUGGCCAUGUAUGAAUGUCAUGCCUGAGCAAAGCAACGACUACCGUGUGGUGGUGUUCGGGGCCGCCAGUGUGGGGAAGAGCUCGCUGGUGUGCAGGUUUGUCCACGGGACUUUCUCGGAGAGUUACAUCCCCACCGUGGAAGACACCUACCAGCAGGUGAUCAGCUGUAACAAGAGCAUCUGUACCCUGCAGAUUACAGACACUACAGGGAGCCACCAGUUCCCUGCCAUGCAGAGGUUAUCCAUAUCCAAGGGCCAUGCCUUUAUCCUGGUGUACUCCAUAACCAGCAAGCAGUCCCUUCUGGAACUCAAACCCAUCUUUGACCAGAUCUGUCAAAUCAAGGGGAACUUGCAAAACAUUCCGGUCAUGUUGGUCGGGAAUAAAUGUGACGAAACCGGACAAAGGGAGGUGAACACGGAAGAGGGAACGGCCAUUGCCAAAUCGUGGAAUUGUGCCUUCCUAGAGACAUCGGCCAAAACCAAUCAGAAUGUCACAGAGCUGUUUGAGGAGCUCCUGAAAAUGGAGAAGCGCUGGUUCAUGAGCCUUAACCUGGAGAACAAGAAGUAUCGGAAAAUUCACUGCCCCUGUAUGUAGCAGAGGAAGGGACGUCAAGUACUUACUGUCUCUACCAUUGCUGCCUACAGUUAUAAAGAUUUAUAACACAAGACAUCAAACAAAGGGCAGGUCAUGUGGCAUGAAAGGAAAGGUUGGAAACGGAUGGACAGGUUGCAGUGUUAACAAACAAGGACAUACUCUCAAAGUACUGGAUGUUGCAAAUAGAGAGAAAAACACUAAAUCUUGAAUGUGAUUCAAAAUCAACCAGUGCAUGGGCAUGGUCAACUGUGGAAAUAUUGACACUUUACCUCAAUACCAUUGUACAGAUACAACAAAAUCAACAGAAAGGUUGUGGUUAGGACAUUUGUGCAUGAACGUGGCUAUUUGAGAAUUUUUUGGGAACAACACGGAUAUAACGAAACAUUUAUGUACAGGCCACACUUUUUUACAUACCAGUAACAAUGUGCAUUAGGAAAUAUCAUCUAGAGCUAGAGCUGUCCUGAAUGUUAGGACAGAAUGUCUUCACAUGCUCAAACUAGAGUAUGGCACUUUUUCACUUGUAUCAUGAGUGCUAUAAAUAUAUAUAAUAAUGUCUAACUGGACAAUUCAAAUUGAAUGUAACAGUUUUACUACUGUUACAGUUUAGUCAGAUUUUUGCAGACAUACUGCUAAUUGAUGUUCAGCUACAUGUGGUAGCUUUGUAAGGACAUGCUGACAAAUUUGUUUACUGCUAUAUGAUUAAUGUUAGUGAGGAUGUGGCCCAGUGUUGAUGACACAUGUAGAAAUUACACGGUUGUCCCUCUUGGCUGUUGGUGGAGUGUUCCUUCUAGUUCUACUGCAGACUACAAAAUGGAGCUGGCUAGCUCAUGCCUAUUAUAUUUCCUGACGUGAACUCAAAAGCUAAUUUUGAUUCCAUCACUGUUUGAACUUACUAACUGAACUCCACUCAUGCAGGCCUGCAGUGUCAUGCCAAGAGACUGAUCUUGACUAUCAAUCACAAUUGGCAGUUUAACCAAUGAGAAAAUGACAAUUAGUGGUUCAACCAAUGAGAGAGAGUGGCUGUAUGUCUGUCAAAUAUUUGCAUCUCCAUGUUUAUAGUUUAAAUUUCUACAUUCUGAUGGAGGUGAGUGGGGUUAUAUGGGAUCAGUCCAUUUCGGCAGUUUACAAGUUAUGCAAUUCAGAUUUGUGACUUUUCACUCUCUCACCUUUUAUCAAAGUGAGUAACAAUGUCGUUUUUAUUUAAAUCAUACUUCUUGUUCAUUCACAAGCUGUAGCUAUCUACCUUCCGAGAUAUAAAAUGUCAUGCAUGU